UCGAUCACCACCAUGUUGAAGUUCGUGAUCCUCUUGUCGGCCGUUGCCUGCGCCCUGGGUGGCACCAUCCCAGAGGGUCUCCUGCCCCAGCUAGAUGGCCGCAUCGUCGGCGGUACUGCUACCACCAUCAGCAGCUUCCCCUGGCAGAUCUCUCUGCAGCGCAGUGGUAGCCACUCCUGCGGUGGAUCCAUCUACUCCUCCAAGGUGAUCGUGACCGCCGCUCACUGUCUGCAGUCUGUGUCCGCCUCCUCCUUGCAGAUCCGUGCUGGAUCCAGCUACUGGAGCUCGGGCGGCACCGUCGUCAAGGUGUCCUCCUUCAAGAAUCACGAAGGUUACAAUGCCAACACCAUGGUCAACGAUAUUGCCAUCAUUAAGCUGGCAAGCGCCCUGAGCUUCAGCUCUACAAUCAAGUCCAUCGGUCUGGCUAGCUCCAACCCCGCUAACGGCGCUGCCGCCUCCGUCUCCGGAUGGGGCACCCAGUCCUCUGGCUCCAGCUCCAUUCCCACCCAGCUGCAAUACGUCAAUGUGAACAUCGUUAGCCAAAGCAAAUGCGCUUCUUCGAGCUACAGCUACGGAAGCCAGAUCAAGAGCUCUAUGAUCUGCGCUGCUGCCAGCGGCAAGGACUCUUGCCAGGGAGACUCCGGUGGCCCACUGGUCUCCGGUGGAGUCCAGGUCGGUGUCGUCUCCUGGGGAUAUGGAUGUGCUGCUAGCAACUACCCCGGUGUCUACGCCAGCGUGGCCGACCUCCGCUCUUGGGUGGUCAACAACGCUUAAACACUUUUCCUAAUAAAUCAUUUUUGUACACAAA